AAUGGGAUUUCAGUUUAUACGCAAUCAAAGUUCAUCAAAUGACAAUAAACAAUCUGCCUUAAUUGAAAAAGAAGAGGCAAUGAUUGUUAACAAUUCAAAAUAUUUCUCCAUAUCCGCCUAUAAAAAAUUAAGCAAUUUUGAAUGCCAAGUAUCCAGACAGGAUAUCUAUUAUAGUAGAGCAAAAAUUAUUGAUAGCGGAUCAUUCGGUAUUGUAUAUAAAGCUGAAUUAUUAAUAGAUUCAGAAAAUAAUCCUAAUUUAAGAAAAACCCAAAUAGUUGCAAUAAAAAAGGUGUUACAUAACAAAAAGUAUAAGAAUAGAGAGUUAAAAAUUCUAAAUAUCCUUCACCAUAAACAUAUUGUUGAAUUGUUGUAUUACUUUUAUUCUGUUGGUGAAAAUUCAAAAGAAGUUUACUUGAAUUUAGUUAUGGAGUAUCUACCUUAUACUUGUUAUAAAGUAAUUAGACAUUAUUAUAAAAUGAAAAAGUAUAUGCCUAUGAUUUGGGUUAAAAUUUUCUCAUAUCAAAUUCUUAGAGGGUUGGCUUAUAUGCAUAGACAAAACUUUUGUCAUAGAGAUAUUAAACCGCAAAAUUUACUUAUUGAUGAUGGGAAUUCAGUACUAAAAAUUGGCGAUUUUGGUUCGGCUAAAGCUCUUACUGAGGGGGAAAAGAACAUAACUUAUAUAUGCUCCAGAUAUUAUAGAGCACCAGAAUUAAUUCUUGCAACUAAUAAUUACAAUACUAAGAUUGAUAUUUGGUCAACUGGAUGCGUUAUUUGUGAGAUGAUCUUAGGUUACCCAAUUUUCGCCGGUGGGAAUAGUGUAGAUCAGCUAGUUGAAAUUAUUAAAGUUCGUGGAACGCCAAAAAAAAAUGAGAUUAAAAGUAUGAAUAUAAACUAUGAAGAAUUUCAAUUACCUGAAAUAAAGCGACAGUCACUUUUGAAGGUUUUCAAUGCUAAUCAGCUACUCGUUAAUGAUUCACAAAUAACACAGCUAAUAGAUAGCUUAUUAACUUAUAAUCCAAAUCAUAGACUAACCGCAAUGGAGGCAAUGGGCCACGAAGUUUUCAAAAGUUUACUAACUGAGGAGAAUAAUUCAAAAAAACUAAUUAUGUCGAAGCAGGAUAAGCAAGGCUCUGAAAUAUUCCCUAAAAUGUUUGACUUUGAUGAAUUAGAACUAAAAGACUUAAAAGAACAAAAAGACAAAUUAUUGCUUUCUUUGCAACCAGACAAUGAUGAUAUUGAUUCGAAAAUUAAAAAUCUAAACAACUUGGAAUCGAUGAUAGAAAUAGAAAGAAAACUUGCUUGA